AAACCUCUUCUCUCAGCGUGCACACGCCUCUCGGCAGGUCCCCGCCGGGCGCCAGGCUGCGUGCGGACGUGGCGGAGAACCCCACAAUGCGCCACCCCCGAGAGCGGCCUCAGCAUUGAGGAAUGCACCCCCCAGGACAGCAGCACCCCUGCUGCUUUCUCCCCGCCUCGGCAGCUCUGCUCUCCUCUGGGGCCGUGCAGAGCUCCUCCGCUUCCUGGACAAAGCAGAUUUGUGAAUGAGAAUGUAGAAGUAGCAACAUGGACAAAAAACUCCAUUGUGUUAAAAAAGAUCUGUUCCAAAGAGACAUCCCUGCAGUCUUACUGGUUCUGCUGCUUCUCGCAGUUCUGCUCCUCAACUUCCUUCUGUACACAUACCUCAACGAUUUCUCCGUUGCUACUGGGCAGCCUCAGGUGGACUCCAGUCUCUGCCCAUUUGGGUACUUCAGAUUAGGACCAAUGAAAAAUUGCUCACCGUGGCUGUCUUGUGAAGCUAUCAAUACAGAAGUCAGGAAACUAAAACGUGUUGGUGAAGGGGCUGUUAAAAAGGUCUUUCUUUCAGAGUGGAAGGAAAAAAAAGUUUCCCUUUCCCAGCUCACCAACUCAGAGCUGAAGGAAGAUUUUCUUCAUGGACUGAAGAUGCUGAAGUCUCUCCAGAGCAAGUAUGUUGUCAAACUGCUUGGCUAUUGCGAGCAGAAGUUCACGGUCCUUACUGAGUAUCACCCAUUAGGCUCCCUGAAGAACCUGAAUGAAGUGCUGGACCUUCCCAAGUAUAAGGGUGUGAACACUUGGCAUCGCAGAUUCAGGCUUGCUAUAGAUUACGUGAGCACCAUCCAUUAUUUGCACAACAGCCCCUUGGGCACCUUAGUUAUGUGUGAUUCCAAUGACUUGGACAAGGUGUUAUCGCAGUAUCUGCUGACCAGUGACUUUCAUGUUGUGGUGAAUGACUUGGAUGCCUUGCCUCUCGUGAACAGGAGUGCUGGCAGGCUAGUGAAGUGUGGUCAUCGGGAGCUCCAAGGUGAGUUUGUAGCUCCCGAACAACUUUGGCCCUAUGGGGAGAAAGUGCCAUUUGAAGAUGACCUCAUGCCUCCAUAUGAUGAGAAGACAGACAUAUGGAAAAUCCCAGAUGUUUCCAAUUUUUUCUUGGGACAUGUUGAAGGGAGUGAUAUUGUCAGGUUCCAUUUGUUUGAUAUCCAUGCAGCAUGUAAGAAGAAGAAUCCAGCUGAAAGGCCUUCUGCUGAGCUGGUUAUGAACACAUACAGGAAUGUUUUAACAUUGCUACGCAGAGAAGGUGCCAUACCUGGUACCAGGGAAAUGUUAUAAGUUGCUGUGAGAGAGAUGCAUGUACUCUUGUUGAUGUUCUUUUAUGUAUUUAGCACCUACAGGCUGCAAAGUCAUUUACAAAUUUGUGUUUUGUGAAAAAAAAUGUUUUGACCAAACCCCAAA